CAAUUCGGCCAACAAUAUACACACUAGACACUUACACAAAAACCCAUCCGUGCCAUUUUGUUUUUAUUCAUAUUCACCCUUUUCUCACUCAUUUAACUCACAUGAACGCCCGAAAGGAAAAAUCGCAUUCCUAAUCGGGAGACAAAUUCAGCACAAGGCUCGUCCAUCAAUCGCAUCCACGAAUUGGUAACCCAACAUCCGCACAUCAAGUAAAGUCACGUAAUCUCAAAAAGAUUUCGAGGACGUGCUGUGAAGGGCCAGACGAAAAAGGAGGAGGAGAAGGAACAGCGCUCCCGAAAUGCAGAAGGGCGUCAAGGACAAGGAGAACCGGAAUUCGGCGAUGGGUCCGGAGUUCUGUGAGGUCCAACAGCAGCCAUCCAAGCAAAACGAUGGCUUCCUUGGCAGUUUCCUAUCGAAGGGCCUGAAGACCAAUCAGCUGGUUGUGAAUACGGAUGAGAAGACCCUGCGACCAGUUGCACGUCUGAAGGAACCGCGCGAUCUCUUCGCCCUGCCGAAGGACAAGGACAAUGACUGCUCACAGCAGGCCCCCAGAUGGCCGGUGGAAUGCCAGGUCAUCGAGGAGCGCAUCAUACACAUUCCGUACGUGCCCGUUGUGCCGGAGCCGCUCAAUGCUCCAACGGGAAACGAGCUGAAACCGCGUCCCGUGGGCGAGGAGAACGGCAUUGUGGUGUUCAGCUACAGUCCAAUUAGUGCCGUGAACUAUGAAAAGCCCAAGGCGAAGAAGGAGGAUGAUGAGUCCAGCGACGAAUCGGACUAUUCCUCGGACUCUCGCCAGGAUUCGACGCCUCCGAGCCGUUCCACGCCCAUGCGCCUGGCCGGCGGCGGUGAAUGUGCACCUGGCAAACUGAACAGCGUGUCCAAGAUGAUCAACAAUGUGGACAAUCGGUCCACCAGUGCGUCCCUAGACGACAACGAUGACUACUACGAUGAUGAGUACGAUACGUCCGGCGGUUAUUGUGGAGGAAGCGGUGAGGCCAAGGAGAAGGCCAUCAUUAAGGAUCUCAUCGAGGCGAAGAAGAAGCGCUACCAGGAGGAGGCCGAGGUCACACCGGUAGGUGGUGGCACAGCCCGAAAUUCGAGAGCUGCCAGCCGUUCGGAGGCCAGCAAGGAUGCCAGCUAUAUCGACGAUAUCUGGAAGAACAACACUAGCGAAUAUAAGCCUGCCUCGCCGCGCUACGUGCUCAGCCAGUUUGGAAAGAAUGUGACCAAGGCGGUGAUCGACCGGAUCGUGGAUCACGAAGAUCUCGUCCCGCCAUCGGGAUCCCAAAAGGUAUCGAACCAGUUCGCCGUAGGCCCCGUCAAGUUGCCCAAAACAAACAUGGCCCGCUUAGAGGUGGCAUUCGAGCGAAGUGCCUGCCAAGAUCGAGCCAAAUCGCGUUUAAAAAAGGAAGCGAGUGGCAGUCGUCGGCGUAGGGCAAGCACCUCUGACGAGGACUCCAGUAGUUCUAGUUUGGGUGACGAAGAAGAGGAGGAGGUGAAUGAUUCCGAUUCGGAAGCAGAGAAUACGGGAAGUGGCGUUGGCUUGCGCAGAAUCUUGGGAAGCUAUUCGGCCCGGCUCGCUGGUGGCGCCGAAAAGUAUCCUUGUCCCGGUUCCGGAUCCGUUUCGGAUACCGAAACUUUGGUGGGAGACGAGAGCAGGAGCAAGCUGGCUGGCUCUAAAGGCCUGCAUCAGCAAGACCUUAUUUGCUCUAGGAAUCGGCAGGCGCAUUCGCGUUCCCCCCUACGAGCGGUACCCCACACCCAUGCGGCCACAGUGGCGGCGGCGGCAGCGGCGCUCGCCAGGGGACGCAACCGCGACAAGAACGGUUGUCUGGGUGGCAAGGACGAAAGGAACAUGGGCAUGGGAGUGGGAACAACUGGCACAGGCUCGAUGGGCACUCGCACCCCCUCUCCCGUCGGCAACAACGUCUUCCGGCUGACCAAGGAUCAGCAUAUAAUGCUGAGUUCAAUGACCAGCCAGGAGACGACCGGCACAUUAAUCUCGUCGACAAGUACUAACCAGACGACGACCACCAACUCGUCGCAAUCGUUUCUUUGCUCCGAUUUACCCCAAGCGCAGUUUAGCCGUUCGGCAGUCGGUGGUGCCCGCUUCAUGACCAAUUGCCAUCCCAUGAAUCCGGAGGAGUACGAUGGACUGGAGUUUGAAUCGCGCUUCGAGAGCGGCAACCUGGCCAAGGCGGUCCAAAUCACGCCCACCUACUACGAGCUCUACCUGCGACCCGAUCUCUAUACCAGCCGGUCCAAGCAAUGGUUCUACUUCCGUGUGCGACGCACCAGGCGCAAGAUGCUCUACCGCUUCUCCAUUGUCAAUCUGGUGAAGUCGGACAGUCUCUACAACGACGGUAUGCAGCCGGUCAUGUACUCCACGCUGGGCGCCAAGGAGAAGAGCGAAGGCUGGCGCAGAUGCGGGGACAACAUCUGCUACUAUCGAAACGAUGAUGAAAGUGUCAGCAAUAGCGCCAACGAGGACGACGAGGACAACUCCACAUACACGCUGACCUUCACCAUUGAGUUCGAGCACGACGACGAUACGGUGUUCUUUGCGCACAGCUAUCCGUACACCUAUAGCGACCUGCAGGACUACCUCAUGGAGAUCCAGCGCCAUCCGGUCAAGUCAAAGUUCUGCAAGCUGCGCCUGCUCUGCCGCACCUUGGCUGGCAAUAAUGUCUACUACCUGACGGUGACGGCGCCCUCCUCCAACGAGGAGAACAUGCGGCGCAAGAAAUCGAUUGUGGUGUCGGCACGUGUGCAUCCCAGCGAGACGCCAGCCUCGUGGAUGAUGAAGGGUCUGAUGGACUUCAUCACCGGGGACACCACAGUGGCCAAGCGGCUGCGGCACAAGUUCAUUUUCAAAUUGGUGCCUAUGCUUAAUCCGGACGGAGUCAUUGUGGGCAAUACCCGUAACUCGCUGACCGGCAAGGACCUCAACCGCCAGUACCGAACGGUAAUACGCGAGACAUAUCCAUCCAUUUGGUAUACCAAAGCCAUGAUUAGAAGACUGAUUGAGGAAUGCGGCGUGGCCAUGUACUGUGAUAUGCACGCUCACUCACGCAAGCACAACAUAUUCAUAUAUGGCUGUGAGAACAAACGCAACCCGGAGAAGAAGUUAACCGAGCAGGUCUUUCCGCUGAUGCUGCACAAGAACAGUGCGGAUCGGUUCUCCUUCGAGAGCUGCAAGUUUAAGAUUCAGCGCAGCAAGGAGGGCACCGGACGUAUCGUGGUCUGGAUGCUGGGCAUCACCAACAGCUAUACGAUCGAGGCCUCCUUUGGCGGCUCCUCUCUGGGAUCGCGCAAGGGGACGCACUUCAACACGCAGGAUUACGAGCACAUGGGACGAGCAUUUUGUGAGACACUUCUGGACUACUGCGAUGAGAAUCCGAACAAAAUUUUAAAUUUACUCAAACAACAGGACAGGCUACGAUCAAAAAUUAUCGAAAGACUGAUGCGAGAAGGCUCUAGUGCCGACGAACCAUUGAAUAUACCCCUGUCAGAUUACUCAAGCGACGAGGGCAACUGCAGCUCCAGCUCGGAUAAUGAGGGUAAACACUCGAUAACAACGUCCGAUCUGGAGGGACCAUGUUGUGCUGCCACCCGAGCACCGCCCAGUUCACCUGAGGUCAUACACGAAAUCCGCAAGUUUCGCAUGCGACGCAUGCGCAAGGUGAUGCACGAGCUGGACAGGAUCUAUUUUACGCCCCUGUUCCAGCGCAAAUUCAAAACACUAACGACCCUGAAGAGGAGGCGUCAGAAAAUGGGUGUCAAGGCGGCUCCAAGUGGAAAACGCCUUCGUGGAGGCAGUGGUCCUGCCGUUAGUGCUGCCACACCCACUCCCGCACCGGCCGUCCAAGCGACAGCUCCAUUUGUAGAGACCAACAAUAUCCAGAAAUUGCAUACGCCUAGACAAUUGGCCAGGAAUUUGCCAUCCAAUAGUGAUCAACCGGCAGGAGGCCAGAGUUCCGACAGUUCCGACAGCAUGGAUUCCUCGCAAUCGGAAUCGCUACAGGAACCGGAUGCUUCAAGUGGUAGCACCGCAGCGAGUAAAGAGGUCACAAAGAAGGUGAAGGCUGGUGGUGCUGGCACCAAGAAGACGGCCAAAAAGAAGAAGUUCAUGCCCACGGAGAAGAAGAAACCGGUGGUCAAUCAGAAACUGCACGUUGAUCGCAAUUUCCGGCUGUGGCUGGCCAAUAGGCGCAUCUACAUCUAUCGUCGUAAGAAGUCCACGCAGGCGCGUCGCACUAAGGUUAAGAAUAAGCCUACAAAGAAACGUGGCGAGGUGGUGCGCACCACCCUGGACCUGCCCACAACGGAUCCGGGCUCGGAUCUGCACUUCUCCACCGACGACGAGGAGCACUCGCCGACGUCCGGACAUAAUGGUUACGGUGCAGUGCCUCCGCUCCGGCACACGCUGCUCCAGAGCGAUCUGCAGAGGCGGUACAUAGAGGAAAUUGGGGAUACGGUGGUGCAGAAACCAAAAGCGGCGCACAUGCCGCCGGAACUGAUUGUGACCACACCUUCGAAGAGCGGCACUCCGGGCGGUGGGAAAAAACUGGAUGUCUACAAGCUGACGCCUCGAACUGCCCCAGAAUUGGACACGGGUAUUGGCAUGAUGCAACGGCAGGCCGGAGGAACUGGCACAUCCGCCAGACGAACCUAUUCGUGGCACAAUCUCGAUCAGCAGGAGAUUCCCAAUGGCAGCGGAGGUGGUCAGGGCAAGGCCAACUUUUACAUAGGCGAUUCCAAGCCAGGAAUAAAGACGAUGACAAAACCGCUCCCCAGAAGGAGUGUCCCGAGCAACUUCAUUCCCCAGAGACAUGGCAAUGCGCAAACGGCCGAUGACCUGCAGCUCAAGCUUUCGCUGAAGAAGAAAGUCUGGACUGGUGCGCACGGGGAUGCGGAUGGUCGUCCUCUGGCCUGGUACAAGGGUCACUCGAUAACAACAUCCCAAAUGGCCAACACUACAACGACCAUACGAAGUGCAGGCGGUGGUGCUGCAGGAGCAGGAGGAGCUGGAGCUGGAGCGGGUGGAGGUGGCAGUGGUCAGAACCGAAACAUGUUCACCUCCAAUGGCAGGGAGCAGUCAGCUGCUUCUGGUGGCAUCGCCAUGGGUGUACCACCCGCCUUUGUGGGAGCACCACGAAGACACAGAAAACUGGAGCAAGUUGAUCUAUUCAAUGCCUGUUCUCAGAAGCUGAUGCUGUGGCAGCAACAAGAGGAGCAAAGGCGCUCCCAUCCGCAACAGGCGCAGCGUCUACUGAAGGUGGAGGAUCCUCCGCCACAUUCAAGGGACCGGGAACGCGAACGUGACCGGGAGCAGCAGCCCUUCAAGCCCAUGCACAUGGUGAGAAAAUCAACGGGAACGACCAGCCAGGCCAAAGUCAUCCAGGCUUUGGUGGCAGCCGAGUCCGGCGGUAAGGUGAAACGCAAGUCUAGCAGCAUGAUGAAGAUAGCAGAGACCACGCAGCUGGUGACUCGAUUUGCCCGGAAUCGCAACAGCGCCGGAGGAUCGACAGCACAGCAGCAGCAGCAGCAGCAGCCACAACAUAUGCACCACCAGAACAAGCGGAUGUUGUUCAAGGGCCAAAGCGGAGUGGGAGCUAUGGGCGCACGGAUGCACUCUGCCGGCGUGAUGGGUCAAAUGCAGGGCAACGGCGGAGGACGUGCGCCCAACAAAUUCAAGACCGGCGGACUGGUGAUCACCGCCGUGCAGCAACCGACCAAUAUGACCGGUGGAAGCUCCAGGCGGAUGAGAAAUGCAGCCGGAUUGCAGGCCAAGGGCAGCAAUGGCGCCUUGGGUUCAUCCUCCGGUCAAAUGCAAUACCAGCGCAGCAAUGCCAGUGUCCAGGCCAACAAGUCCGCAACAGAAAUCUCCCUGGACACCGUCAGUCUGGUGCGGAAGGUGAAGACCAAGCUGAAGAAGCGCAAAUCCCGCACUUUGUCAACAGGAGCACCGAAAUAAUUGAUCCAGAAUCUCCGCCAGGUGCAUCAGCGAGUUUUUCAUUCAAAAUUUUAGUCAAAUUUAAUCCGUUUUAGUCUCGUCCGUUUUCGUUACGUAAAAAUGCGAUAAGAAAAUGAUUAGAAAAAUUAACUAAAUAAUUGAUAACACCUUUAGGCGUAUUUUAUGCAUAUGUAAACCCGAUCUCUGUACCUACAGUUAAUCCCUAAAAUAUGUAAUGUUGAAAGUCGUAGUGUA